AUGGGACGCCCAGAGAGGUGCACCGUGCCGGGGUGGGCGAGGAGGGGGGAGCAAUGGUACACCAUCCCUCUACCAAGCUCCUCCCGGGCCAAAAAACAGAAAAGCUGCCUUAUCGCGCGUGCGCGCACGAGUUUUUUUGGCUGGCUUAAUGGACCUGCCGAUCUGUGCAUGGCCAGCUGCAGCCAACCCGUGUGCUCAGACCCUUCGAUCUCGGGGACCGAAAUCCCGCGCGACCGCUUCGGACUCGUGACAUUGACGACAUCCAAAAGAUGCGAGAAAAAAAUGAAGGAAGUAAUGCAUCACACAGAAUCGACUCGAAGCAAGGAAUUGGGCGGAAACCUGGGCCUAAUCUGCUACCUGCGGUAG